AAUUGGAUCCGCAUAUAUUCCAGCAUGUCAACCAAGCCUAUUUCCACCUACGUCGAACAGGUCAGGAUCAAUCCAUCAUCUUCAGAGGAUUGAGCGGUAGUGGGAAAUCAAGUAUGCGGGUUGCAGCCUUAGAACACUUGAUGACUCUCAGUGGAGGCAACAAAAAGACUAGUCGAGUACAGCAACACGUCCAACGAGCGUUUGCUAUUCUUGGAACCUUUGGACACUGUCGAACGCUAGGCAACAAUAACGCAUCACGUUUCGGUAGCCACGUCGAAAUUCAGUUCAACGAACGCGGACGCAUGAUUGGCGCUAAGUUUUUGGACUAUUUGCUCGAACGUUCACGCAUCACCGAACCAGGCGACGAGUCGAUGUCGAAUUUCCAAGUCCUGUACUACCUCGUGCAUGACAAGACGUUGCAACUUGGCGACAGCAAUGGAUCCCAGUUCCGAUAUCUGUACAAAACCAAAGACACUCCGCUAUUCAACAGCACACAAGAAGACCUCUUGGAACUCAAAUCCGAUCUAAAGUCGCUUGGUGUCGACAAGACGGUCUGGCACAACAUGGCACAGAUCCUUGCAGCCAUUUUGCACCUUGGCAAUCUUCAAUUUAUAGGUGGAGCGUCUAUGCCGGGCAGUAAUAAUAACAAGGAGACAAGUAUCAAAAAUCCUGCCACAUUGGAGCUCGUGGCAUUGUUUUUGGGCGUCGAACCAAAAGCUAUAGAAAAUGUACUAUUGUAUCAAACCAAAAUGAUCCAACGCGACAUGACAACAGUCGUAUUGGAUGCCGAACAAGCAUCAAAGCAGCGCGAUUUACUUGCACAAACCUUGUAUUCGUUGCUGUUUACAUUUGUGGUCGAGGCCAUCAACAAAAAGCUGUGCAAGUCGACAUUUGAAAAUUUCAUUAGCUUGACGGAUUUCCCUGGAUUCGAGGCGGCAGCAAAGAAUAAUGGGCCGGCAAUUUCAGCAACGUCAUUUGAUCAGUUUCAGCUCAAUUUUGCAAAUGAAAAAUGGCACCAGUUCAUGUUACAGCAUACGUUUAAUCACAAUAUCGAAGUAUAUCGUGAACAAGCCAUUGAUCGCGAUCCGGCCACAUACCAAUCUACCAGUGCUCAAUGUAUUGCACUGAUGUUGGAAGCAGCAACAACAGCAACAGCAGUAGCACCAGAAACAGCGCCAUCAUCGGCAAAACCAAGAACAAAAACCAUGGAGCCAUUCAUCAAUAAAAACAAGCAGCAUCCUUGUCUCACCAUCAAACGACCCGAUACAUUCACGAUCCAACAUUUUACAGCUCCAUCAACGUACAACCGCAGUCAAUUCUUGGACAAAUGCAAUGAGCCAACGCUCAAUGCCGAUUUUGUCUCCCUGUUCCGAAGCGAUGACUGCAGGAAUGCACUGGCACAACAAUUAUUUUUACAGAAAACUGUCAAUACCGAGUUAAAAGGACAAGCAAUCGUAGCUGCUGAGCAGUCGUCAAAACCACGUCGAUCGCCAUCAAUGAAACGCAAGAGCAACAAUAACAAACCAGCAGCAGCAGCAUCUGAAGAGCAGCAACAGCAAAAGAAGCAGCAGAAUGGUCCACUGCAGCCGUUGGAUGACGCCAUGGACGAGCUUUUUAAAACAUUACAAGAAACCGAAGUAUGGUGGGUCCUGUGUCUCGACCCAAACGAUUUGCACCUACCAAGCUCGUGCGAUGGGAAAAAGAUUGCUUCCCAAGUGCACAUGUUUAAUAUUCUAGACUUGGCAAUACGUGCACGACACGAAUACAAGAUCAAGAUGGCGAUUACAGAGUUUGGAGAACGAUACGCCGACAUUAUCCAGCAAAGCACCUGUGCUGAUUUGAAUGCUGAUCUACGUGAUAUGUGUGUUGCUGUCAUGGGCUCGUAUAACUGGAAUACAAAGAUGAUGGUCGUUGGUGAAGAGCAGAUCUAUCUUCAUGGAUACGCAUGGAUGGUUCUUGAGAACAGAUUGAGAGCCAUUGAAAAGCGGGAACAACGGCGGGCACGAUGUUUAGCAAAAGGCGUUCCAUUUGGUAUUUUUAUAAAAUAUAUGUUGUAUUUUAUCCUAUCAUGCGAUGCUGGCUCAUGCGCCAUGAAAGGUCCAUCAUCCAUGAUGGAUGGAGGAUCCAUGUACUCGGACGAUAACUGCUACACAAACUGCUAUACCGACACAGGUUCUGUUUGCAGCGGAUCACAAGCGUGCGAUGACACAACGACUACCACAUUGACCAAGACACCCAGCGACAAAUCCAUCAGUAACAAUAAAAAGGAUAUCAACAAGAAAGAUAAUCGACGCAAGACAUCCAAGGCGCGUGGCAUCUGGGUGUUUUUGACAUGGCUAUCGACGUGGUGGAUACCAGGCAUCUUGUUGAGCUCCUUGGGUGGUAUGCGACGGUCGGAUAUCCGCAUGGCUUGGCGUGAAAAAGUGGCGCUAUGUACAUUGAUUUUUAUUCUAUGCGGUGCCAUGAUUUGGUUUAUUUGCUUUUUCGGUCAGCUGCUUUGUCAACAUCAAGAUCUGUACACGCAGUCGGAAUUACAGGCGCAUAGCGGCAAAGAUAAUGCAUACGUAGCCAUCCGCGGCGAGGUGUUUGAUCUAACGUCUUUUGCCCCACGUCAUUGGGCGAGCGAGGUAAUUCCUGUGAAUGCAUUGACCCAGUACGCCGGCCAAGACGUCAGUGAUCUGUUCCCAGUACAAGUCUCAGCACUGUGUGAUGGCAACAAUGCGCCUGUACCCAAAGAAGUGACGCUUGAAACACGGAUCAAUAUCACCGAUUCAAACGCUGCUUACCACGACUUUCGAUAUUUUCGCGAUGACUAUCGGCCCGACUGGUACUUUGAGCAAAUGGUGUACAUGCGCAAGAACUACCGUCUUGGUUUCAUGGGAUAUGAUACCGAGGAUAUCAAGAAUCAAGCAUCGUCACCAGUCCAAGUUGGUGGUAUUAGCACAGAGCGUCGAUGGGCUAUCUUGCACAACAACGUUUAUGAUAUGACCUCGUACAUGAUGGGCGGUCGCGGUAUUCGAGGGCCAGAUCAACAAUCCGCGGACACAACGGCGGCGAGCAACAGUAUCGGUGCCGACUUUAUUGACAAUUCAAUUACGGAGCUAUUUCGACAACUGGCGGGCACCGAUAUUUCUGCUCACUUUGAUGCACUGCCACUCGACAAGGACAAACGGGAUCGUCAACUGACGUGUAUGAGAAACCUGUUUUUGGUGGGCAAGGUCGACACGAGAAACUCGCCGAAAUGUCUGUUUUCUGAGUACUUGCUGCUGUUGAUUACUGUCUUUUUAUGCAGCGUCAUUCUGUUCAAGUUUUUGGCAGCACUCUGUUUGACGCAAAGCAACAAGUAUGAUAACGACGAAUACGACAAGUUCAUUGUGUGCCAAGUGCCCUGCUAUACAGAGGGCGAAGAGUCGCUACGCAAGACGAUUGAUUCAGUAGCUGCACUCAAGUACGACGACAAACGUAAGCUUUUGUUCCUGAUUGCCGAUGGUAUGAUUGUCGGUAGCGGUAACGACCGGUCAACGCCCCGCAUUGUUUUGGAUCUCCUUGGUGUCGACCACAGUUAUGAUCCUGAGCCCGUGUCGUUCUUGUCGUUGGGCCAAGGCCAGCAGCAGCAUAAUAUGGCCAAGAUCUAUUCUGGAUUGUACGAGUACGCAGGGCAUGUCGUGCCUUAUAUCGUGGUUGUCAAAGUCGGCACUCCCAACGAGCGACACAAGUCCGGCAACCGUGGCAAGCGAGACUCGCAGAUGGUUUUGAUGCGGUUCUUGAACAAGGUGCAUCACGAUUCGCCCAUGACACCCUUGGAACUGGGCAUUUAUCAUGAACUCAAAAAUGUCAUUGGUGUCCAUCCAAGCUUUUACGAGUUCGUCCUGAUGAUUGACGCGGAUACCGAAGUCAUGCCAAACGCACUAAGUCGGAUGGUGGGCCAUUUUGUCCGUGACCCAAAGAUUGUUGGGCUAUGUGGCGAGACCAUGUUGUCCAACGAAAAGGAUACAUGGGUGACCAUGAUCCAGGUGUACGAGUACUACAUCUCGCAUUAUUUGUCCAAGGCAUUUGAGUCACUGUUCGGCUCUGUUACAUGCUUGCCCGGCUGUUUCUGUAUGUAUCGCAUUCGAUCCACCAGCAACAAGCCAUUGCUCGUGUCACAUGCAGUCAUCAACGACUAUGCCGAGAUUUACGUUGACACGCUGCACAAAAAGAAUUUGCUCCACCUGGGCGAGGAUCGCUACCUGACGACAUUGAUUUUGAAGCAUUUCCCCAAUUAUAAGACGAAGUUCACGGCGGACGCAGCAUGUAUGACCAACGCUCCGGACGAGUGGCCAGUGUUACUAUCCCAGCGCCGUCGCUGGAUUAAUUCAACCGUACACAACCUGGGCGAGCUCAUGUUUCUCCCACAACUGUGUGGCUUUUGCUGUUUCUCCAUGCGGUUCGUUGUGAUGCUCGAUUUGCUCAGCACGUUGGUGAUGCCAGCUGUCGUGUGUUACCUCGGCUACCUGAUCUACCAAUUGAGCACGAGCACAAGUCAAGUACCACUUAUUUCGAUCAUCACACUUGCAGGCGUGUACGGGUUACAAGCCAUUAUAUUUAUCUUACGACGCAAGUGGGAACAUAUUGGCUGGAUGAUCGUGUAUAUUCUUGCGAUACCUGUCUUUUCCUUUUUGGUACCUCUAUACGCGUUUUGGCAUUUUGACGACUUUUCCUGGGGUAACACACGUAUUGUUCUGGGCGAACGAGGGCAAAAGAAAGCCGUGGGUCCAGAGGAAGGCGCAUUUGAUCCAUCGACGGUCCCGACCAAGCGAUGGUCUGAAUAUGAAUGCGAAGAACAGCAUUGGGAGAAGGAUGACAUGUCCUCGUAUUGUCGCGGUAGCACCACAGACGGUCCUGGCAGUGUCGUUUCUUCCUCAUCGUGUCGUUACACACAGGCAACGCCCUCACCUCCUGCCAUUUCGUACACCCCUCGACAACGACGAAGCAAUAAUGGCAGCAACAAUAAUAGAAGUAGCAGUAUAAUACCUAGCGAAUCCGAGAUUGUGGAAGAAAUCAAGCGGAUAUUGGACACAAACGAUCUGAUGCUUCUGACCAAGAAGCAAGUCCGUGACACGCUUUCAGAUACGUUUGGCAUGGAUAUGAACUACAAACGUGAUUUUAUCAACAAGAGUAUCGAACAGUCGCUAGCCGAGCGACUUUAAUUUCC